AUGGCCAAUACCGACCCUGAGCGGCCGGAGAUGGGAGAGACAACCGACGGCCCUCAUCUUACCCGGCUGGAGAUUCUGGAGCACACUGGGGGUGCAGAAGACGACUGGUGCAUGGACUUUGGAGGGGGGGUCUGGUGCGCCGGUGAAUAUCUGAGUGCCCGCUGGGCUGUGGAACGCUCGGCAGAAGGCCUGGCAUGGCCUGGAGAACUACUGGCAGAUGGCUGA